UCGGAGCGGGGAGCCGAGGGAGAGGAGGAGAAACAGGGAGGAAAGCGGCGGGGCGGGGAAGCGGACUGCCGGCAGCGGAUGGCUCUGAGCGGGGAGGAAGCAAUGAAUGAUUUGCGUUGUUUAUUUAUUUAUCUAUUUUAACAUGGCAUCCACAACGCGGGGAUCGAGAGGAUGCGAAGGCGGCUCGCGGAUCUGCCACCUCGGUUAGCGCCGCUCGUCUUGGCCGCUUCCCCGAGGGUCUGCGCCGGCACGGCCGGGGGUUUCCGUCCGCCGCCCCUGGAUGCACCUCGCUGACUCGACCGGGUUUUGCUCUGCAGGGCUGGAGUGGCGUUUUGAAGCCUUUUUUCCUUCCCCUCUGCCCAGGCGGCGCCCUGCACUGAGGAUGCAGAGCUCCCAACGGGGGAGCUUUGGGAGCAGGAUUUCCCUCCAAGUCUGCGGCAUCCCUCUGCCUGCUGCCAGCGGGAGAGAUGUUUUGUGCUGGAGCUCGGGGAGCAGAGCCCAGAGGUGACCUCUGGUUGGAUCAGAGCUGCUCGUUUUAAAUGCCUGUGCCUCUCCUCGUGCUCAGGUGUUUGGUGAGCUGGAAAAUCGUGUUGGGUAGGUGCUGCUGGAGGCAAAGGGUUGGCUUCUGCAUUGGAAAACAGGGAGGGAGGAGAACUGGAAAACUCCAAACAGCCACAAGAAGAGCAAGCGGGGAUGCUCUCCACCUCCUGUGCUGAUCCCUGUGCCAUAAGAACAGACCCUCUGGAAAUCCAUCUGACCAGCUGAUGUCCCAGGCAUUCACGUUGCUGCUGCUGACCUGGCCAGCAUCCAUCCCCCCACCUGGCUGAGGACCGGCUCCCUCGUCUUGGGCGCGUGCUGAACAUCCACUUGCUGCGGGGGCAUGCAGACUCGUGCCACCUCUGCCGAGGGAUCCUUUCCACGGGCCAUUAUUAUUUUUUCCCCUCCUUCUUAACUCAGCUCUGCAGCAGCAGCCACGUUACAGUAGAGAAGCACGCGGCCUCGAGCUCCCGCCGUGCAGCCUGGUGCCUGUGGACGGCUCAGGCGGGCAGAGCCUCCCAUCUGCAGGGCUCACCGUGACUCCUGCCUUCAGCUCACCUUUGGACCUGCAGCGCUCUUUUCCUGGUCCCACACCUGAUGGAGCGUGCAGGGCCACGAGUUGGGACAUAGCAUGCGGGAGCGUGGCGGUGCCCACGGCUGCAGGCGGGCGUGCGCUGGGAGCUGGCGGGGGCCAUGGCUUCAUUUGGGAAGCUGACGGAGUACUUCAGCCUGAGGAAGUCGAGGACGGAGCUGCGCACAGAGCGACGGGGCCGGCGCAGCGGGAGCUGCUGCUGUAGUGUCACCGAGUGCAGAUCCCUGGACAGAAAGUUGCAGAGGCCGCUCCUGGGGAAGUCCCGGACGCUGCCCAGCAUCCCGCAGUCCCCAGUGCUGAGCAGGAUUCCCCUCCUCGACUCUGCAGCGUUCCGGGAGGCGAUGCCGGAGCAGAAGCCCUACCAGAAGCACUCAGCCCCUGAUGGCCAGAAGGGCUGCACGGUCCCAUCUGCUGGGGACGCCUGGCGGCUGGAGGACGAUGGCAUGGACCCCCCCGGCGAUGCCCCGCUGCAGCCGCAGCUCCGCACGGCGGUGGAGGACGCCCCGUUCAGCCACUUUCGGAUGCGUUCCUUCUACAUGCGGAAGAGCCUCUCUGUUGACAACCACUUGGGCUCGCUGGGCUACGCCGUGCAUCCCGCUGAGACCAAGGCUGAGCGCGUCCGGACCCGGCUGCGGCGGCAGUUUAGCCUGGGAUCAGCAGACAAGAAGGACUUCUACCAGUCCAAGUCGGAAAGCAGCCUCUCUAGGUUUGCCCACCGCUUGUCGGUGAAGCAGAAGCAGGAGAAGAGAAGGAAAGCUGAGUAUGGCUCGGCCGAGCUGUCUGCCUUCCGGCCCAGGUCUCUGAGCAUUGAAUGGUCAUCGUCCCCUAAAAUGACGCAGCAGAUGCGGGACCUGCAGCUGGCACAGGCCAGGAAGCCGCCGGGCCCAUCCUCCCCAAAUGCGGCCAAAAGGCUGUACCGAAACCUCUCGGGGAAGUUCCGUGUCAACUACACAUCCUUCGAUGAGGGCAGCCUGGCGGGACGGGGCGAGAAGGAGAAGCCCCGCAAGUCCUACCUGUUUCAGAGCAAUGCUGCUCUCUUCGAGGCCGUGGAGCUUCAGGACCUGGACAGGGUGCAGGAGCUGCUGAAGCAGUACAGCCCUGAGGAGCUGGAUCUCAACACCCCCAACAGCGAGGGGCUGCUGCCCCUGGACAUCGCCAUCAUGACCAACAACGCGCCCAUCGCCAGGGCUCUGCUGCAGGCGGGAGCGAAGGAGAGCCCGCACUUCGUCAGCCUGGAGAGCCGCUCGCUGCACCUCUCCACGCUGGUGCGGGAAGCGGAGCAGCGCGUCAAUGAGCUGACAGCUCAGGUGGUGAACGAGGCCCCCAACGCCGACUGCUCGGAGAAGGAGAAGCAGCUGAAGGCCUGGGAGUGGCGGUUCCGGCUGUACAAGCGCAUGAAGGCAGGGUUUGAGCACGCCCGAGUGCCAGACCCUCCUGCUAACGUCCACCUUUCGGUGGCCAGCAGCUCCUCGGUGCAGGUGACCUUCUGUGAGCCCCUCAGUGUCAACUCGGCUGUCGUCACCAAGUACAAGGUGGAGUGGAGCUGCUCCCCCUCCUUCUCACCGCUGGCUGGGGAGGCUGUGGUGGACAAGCUGAAGAGCCUGCACUACACUAUCCGUGGGCUGACCUCGGGCACAGCUUACUAUGUCCAGGUGUCUGCCUACAACAUGAAGGGCUGGGGACCCCCCCAAGCCUCAGUGCCCCCAUUUGCCAUCCCUUCCAACUGGCGGGAGUAUGAUGGCCGGGCUCCACGACGGAGAGGCCAGGCUGAAGCUCUGGACCAUCUGCUGGGCCAGGUGAAGACCGUCCACCAGCACUGCAUUUGCCACGAGCCCUGCAAGAACCAGCCCCAGAGCAGGAAGCACUCGGUCUCCAGGAGCCUCAAGCACCUCUUCCACCCCGGCAGCAAGUUCCUCAAGACACUGAAGCGGGGCCUCUACCUAACAGCCAUCUUCUACAAGGACGACAACAUCCUGGUGACCCACGAAGACCAGAUACCGGUGGUGGAGAUCGAUGACACCUACUCCUGCCUGCUCAUGCAGGACUUUCUGUGGUUCACCAAGGUGUCAUGCAUGUGGGACGAGAUCCUGUGGCUGAGACAGUGCGUCACCGUCUCCCAGUCAUCCUGCUCCUGCAUCCUACAGACGCGCUUCAAGAUGCUGCUGGCCAUCUCGCAAAUGCAGGGGCUGCUGGGCAUCCAGGACCUGGGGCAAGUCUUCUUUGAGCCCAUCAAAGACAAGCAGGGCAACAUCCUCAUUGUCACCCUGAAGGAGGUGAAGACCAACCAGACCUUUGAGAGCGUGCGCUGGGUGCCCAUCUGCAAGCUGCAGACGAGCCGCAAGUCCGUGUCCUCCCCAGAGGAGCCCACUGCCCUGGACUCACUGCUCAUCUCCGUGCAGGACAAGCUGGCUUACCACCAGCGGAGCAGCCAUGCCCUCCCUCCGGGCCUCUACUUGGGCUACCUGAAGCUCUGCAGUGCUGUGGACCAGAUCCGGGUGCUUGUGCCUGAGCAGCUCCCCAACAUCCUGUGCCAUGUGAAGAUCCGCUCCAACCCCAACAUCUCCAGGGAGGAGUGGGAAUGGCUGCAGAAGAUGGCCAGCAUGGAAGAACCCAUUUCUGUGGAGUCCGAGAAUGAGACAUCACCAAACCACUUGUUUCAGGAGCUCCAGGUGGCCAUCAAGGAGCUGAUGGCUCUGGUCAACAUCCCAUUGCAAGAGGCGAAAGAUUUCCGUCUGUACAGCCAAGAGGUGCUAGACUUUGGGGGUCAGGUCUCCUUCUUGCUGCUGCUGCCUCCCUCAGACGACGUCUGCACGGCGCCAGGCCAGAACAACCCCUAUACUCCACAGUCUGGCUUCCUCACACUGCCACUGCAGAUAUUCGAGCUGGUGCACUUCUUCACGUACGACCGGGAGUUCAUCACGCAGUACUGCCAGGUGUCCGCCCUCCUGGAGCUGGAGUCCCUCCUCUCGCAGCAGAGCCUCAGGGAAGCCUUCUCCGACAGCGAGCUUUCCACCGCCAAGCAGCGGCACCAGCAGGUUCAGGAGUACAUCCAGCAAAUGGAGGAGAUCUGGCGUGAGAUGCGCUGGAUGAUGGAUGCCCUGCAGCAUGCCCGCUACAAGCAGCCCUCCUGCGGCCUGUCCCUCAACGGCUUCCUCGGCACCUCCAGCGGAGCCAUGAAGGAGAAAACCCACUCCUCCUCAUCCCACCUCGACUUCCUUCCCUCCCCAGCACCCUCACCAGACAGCAGCCGUAAGCUCAGCUCCGACCUGCACGGGCUCUCGGAUGAGGAGGGCUCCUCCGAGGUGUUCCUGGCCACUGACAGCGACUACGACUCCAGCAGGGCGCAGAGCCCCAAGGAGCUGGACCUGGUGUCCUUGGGGCCCGAGUGCUGCGGGCGGCGGGCGGCACGCAGCCUGCGGGACAGUGCCCCUGACGUCCUGCAGAGCCACGAGCUGCAGCCCGCACCGCUGGCCCCGCCGGAGCCCCGGCCGCCCCCAGAGCUCUACGACAGCGACUUCGUGCUGCCCAGCCGUCAGAUCGAGCUGCUGCGCGUCACGGAGAAGCGGCAGGCCUACUGCGUGCGGACCAACAGCCUGGACUUCCCCAAGCCGCUCUGCCCGGUGACCAGGAAAUCGUGUCCCGGUUCCGUCGAUAGCUCCCCGACGGAGAGCAGGACCGGCGGGCACGGCGGUCAGGGCAGGCCAGGGACUGGCUCCACGCACAGCCCCGAGCACGGCCGCACACGCUCGGCCGAGUGGACUCCAAGCUUCCAGGAACCUCCAGAGCAACCCGCUGGGAAGAAGCCGGGCUCUGUCACCUUGCGGGUCUGCCCUCAGUACGAAACCGGACUCUCCAAAGAGACCAGUGUCAAGCUACACGUCACCAGCCAGACGUCGGCCAGCGAGGUGGUGAAGCUGGUGGUGCUGCAGAUGAAAGACGUCUCCCACGGCGCGCUGGGUGGCUUGGCCGCCUUCUGCUACAGCGAGGAGCAGCUGGAGCACUUCGGACUGGUGUUUGCCUCCGAGGAGGGCGAGCGGUGGCUGCCCGAUGAAGCGCGGCCGCUGGCCCUGCAGGCUGCCCGGCCCGAGGGACGCUUCUACGUCCGCAUUAAGGAGACGUCGCCGCUGGUGCUGCAGUUCGGGCCGGCGACCACCGUAUGAGCACAGCCCACGGCAGACGGCGCGUCUCUGAUGCUUCCUUCUUCCACAGACACCCUCCAUCAGGCGUCCGCGGGGUGGAAUGGGAUCAUACUGGGCUGUGUGUUUCUUGUUGGUGUUUCUUUUUUCCUUUCUUUUUUCUUUUUUUUUUUUUUAACCAAAGAGACAUCGAGACUCAGUUGUUCUGACUGCAGAAGGCGAGGGUGGAGCGCGAAGACCUCAGAGCUUGGGAGGAAUCUUUGCAGGAAUGGAAUAUUUGAAAGCAAACAUUUUUAAGGGGAAGGCUGGGAGGGGGAUGGAAAAAGAGAGGACAAAAUAUUAUGAGAAGAAGCAGCAAUACUCUUUUUUAAAUUAUUUUUCCUCUUCUUUUUUUUUUUUUUUUUCUGGACAUCCUUGUCCAGGGUUGGCAGAAGGAAGACCUGCAGGAUGCUGCUGGUGGAGGCUGCGGUGUUGGUGCACAGGAACAGCACCGGGAUGGGAGUUUACCUCCUACCCAUCCUCAUUGCACUGCACCCGGAGAACAGCUCUUGCACACCCUUCUCAGAACAAAAUGCUUUCGCUUCUUCUUUUCUUUCUUUUUUUAUUUUUUUUCCUGAAAGAAACAAACAAACAAAAAAACCUGUGCUAGAGACACUGGAGUUGUGUAGGAGGUGUGGACACUUUUAUUGUUGUAGAGGCCGAAGGAAGGCACGCCGACAGCCCCACACACGUGUAUGGAGCUGUGCCCACACCACCACGCCGGGUUUGCUAUGGGGCACGGCUGCAGCGCGCCCAGCACCGCCGCGGGACUGCCUUUCCUCCUCGGUUGCCGUUCUGUCCUGGUGAUUGUGAGUGGCCUCUUGUAUGUCCUACAGCAUGACACUUAGCACCUAGGUCUCUUGUUCCCAAGGUUAUUUUUCUGAUCUCCUGUGGUCCAUAGUAAAGGUGACUGCUGCUGA